AUGCAGCACACCACGUGCACAGAGGACAGGAUCUACCACGCACUGGAAAGAUGUCUACAUGGGCUUAGCAGAGAUGCUGUCUCCAGCAGAUGGGCUGCCGGGCUGUGCCUGAACUGCUGGAGCCUGCAGGAGCUGGUGAGCCGAGACGCCGGCAACUACCUCAUCCUGGUGGAGAAGAUCCUCAGCAAGGCCAAAGAGGUGCAGGAGAAGUGCGACUAUGAUCUCGUAACGCCCCUGGCUCUACUCUUCUACUAUGCGGUCCUGUAUGCUCCCCACUUCCCGCCGGGCUCCGACCUGCUCGUGAAAGCCACCAGCAUAUACCACAGCUUCCUGACCUGGCCCGUGCCCUAUUGUGACAUCUUCCGCGAGCUGCUCACCUUCAUCAGCGACGAGCUCAAGGCCCCCGGGAUCUCCUUCCAGAGGCUGGUGAGGACGGAGCAGGGGCUGCCUGUGAAGAACUACCAGAGCUCCACCGUGACGGUGCUGCUGCUCAACCGCUCCGAGGUGCAGAGCGAGUUCCUCUCCAUCGCCGAGAAGCUGAGCACCAGCGAGCACCCGCAGCGCACCACGCUCGUCGUGCUCCUCGAGCACCUCUACCAGGCCAACUUCGGCACCCGCUGCGACCUGGACAGCCUGCACCACCUCCUGAAGUCCAAGACACUGGAAGAGCUCUCGGAGAUCUACGCCAGCGCCGCCGACGCACAGGAAAUUGCAGCUGCCAGCAGCGACCCUGUCCCGGCCCGGGAGCGGCUGCAGUCCGUGCUGCGGGACAUCGCCGGGGCCGCAUCCUUUCCUGCCAUCGUGGGCGAGGCUCAGCCCCGCAAGCUCCACACCAUCCCCAUACCCGCCGCUCGUUGCUACACUUACAGCUGGGAUCAGGAUAACUUUGAUAUCCUCAAUGAUGUCCUCAGCAAAGAGUGCAGCGUUGUCGAGCCCAUGGCCUCGGAGAACGAGGAGGAGGAUGAAGAGGAGGAGGAGGUGGAAACUGAUGGCUGUUCCCCCGAGCGGGACUCGCUGCUUUCCCCCAUCUGCACCAUUUCCAAAGACUCUGUGUACUCGGCACUGUCGGAGGAGGGAUCUAAGCCCUCACGAGUGUCCCUCUUCACCACCUCCAAGGACUCCAUCUCGGAGCUGACGGUGGUCUCCAGAAAGUCCCUGAAGUCGUUCGUCUCCAGCCUGAAGGACUGCAUGGACAGUGGGUACGCGGAGGACAGUGAUGAGAGCUCCCUGGACAUGGUGGGGAGGCCAGAGCUGAAGGUAGAGAAGACCCACCACAAAUAUAGACACACGCUGACCAACAAGAUCUACAAACUGUUCAAGAGCAAAAGCCACCUGGUCUUGAGGAGAGACCUGAAGGACUGCCCGGACACAGGCUCGCUCUCACUGUCCCUGCGCCGGGCCGAGAGCCUGCUCAAGGAGAGUACCUGCCCCUCCCUGACAAGGUACUUCAAGCUGCAGUUUUUCUAUGUCCCUGUGAAGAGGAGCUGCUUGGCUCCAUCAACCCUGCUGAUGCAUCCCUCCCCAUCUCUGGGGGACCCGCAGCUCCGGGCCUCAGCACAGGCGGAUCCCACCUUGGCUGGGAUGGAGAGCAGCACCAACGACAUCUCCCACUACAUCGGCAUGUUGGACCCGUGGUACGAGCGCAACGUUCUUGGGCUGAUGAACCUGCCCAUGGAUGUCCUGUGUCAGUCUGCCAAGCCAGAAGCUGAGCCCCAGGAGGACUCCCAGGAGCAGCUGCCCAUCCUGGCCGACAUGAUCCUCUACUAUUGCCGCUUCGCCAUGCGCCCCAUCCUGCUGCAGCUCUACCAGACCGAGCUCACCUUCAUCGGGGGAGAAAAGAUGACCGAAGUCUUCAUCCAUUCCCUCGAGCUGGGCCACUCAGCGGCCACGCGGGCCAUCAAGGCGUCAGGUCCAGGCAGCAAAAGGCUGGGCAUAGAUGGAGACAGAGAAGCAAUCCCACUAACACUACAGAUCGCCUACAGCAAGACAGCCGUCAGUGGAAGAAGUCACUGGAACGAUGUUGAGAAGGUCUGCACGUCUGUCAACCUUAGCAAAGCCUGCAAGAAGUAUGAAGAACUAGCCUCAAAGACAGAGUGUCUCAACUUAACCAUGACCGAAGUGGUCAAAAGGCAAAACUCCAAAUCCAAAAAAAGUUUCAAUCAGAUCAGUGUGUCCCAGAUAAAAGUAGACAAGGUCCAGAUUAUCGGUGUCCAGUCCUCCUUCGCCGUGUGCCUGGACCAGGAUGAGCAGAAGAUCCUGCAGAGUGUAACCAGGUGUGAGAUCUCUGUGUGCUACAAACCCAGGGACAGCGAUCUCUUUGCACUGAGAAGGUCCUCUUUGCCUUCCCAGGACUCCUCUGAGUUUCAUUCUCUCCUGUGUUUACCCAUUGCCACCUUCAGUGGAGCACUGCCGUAG